AAAAAAAAAACACUAUCUGUCACUCUCCCACCAUUAUCUUUCAUCCAAUCUUCGGUCAGCACUUGUCUACUUUCAUUUCUGUGCCAUCUCACCAGGAUCCUCAGGAGCACUACUUUUCUCCUCUACUGCCUACAACCACAACCAUUUCCGCCUGAUCGUGCGUGUCUCAACCCCGCGGGGUCAUGGAUUACUCCGUCAAUCUCCGCCGCAAGGAUACCACCAAGGGCCCUCCCUUGAGGAUCCUCUCGCUAGAUGGUGGCGGCGUCCGGGGCUAUUCCAUGCUCAUUAUCCUCCAAGAACUCAUGUACCGUGUCUACGUUGAAUGCGAAGGAAAGGCACCUCGUCGUGAGGAGAUUCCCAAACCAUGCGACCAUUUUGAUCUGAUCGUUGGUACCGGAACCGGCGGUCUCAUUGCCCUCAUGUUGGGCCGUCUCCGCCUUGACCUCGAAACCUGCAAGGAAGUCUAUGUGCGCAUGACCCGCCGGGUCUUCGAAACCGACAAAACCAUUGCCGGCAUCCCAUUUCGCUCCACCUUGUUCAAGGCCUCCAGACUCGAAGAGGCCAUUCGCGAAUGCGUCCGUGAACAUACCGUUUUCGAGGCCGAGGGGAACGACAUGACCCCCGGCAGCGCGCGAAAUUCACUCGCCGGUGCCCCUUAUAGCCCCAAUGCGAUCGCCAUUCCGCAGCGCUCGGGUAGUCGCGCUAGUUUCAGCACCACCAGUACGGCACAUUCGUCCGGUCACAACAGUCAUCGCAAUUCUACAUUUGUGAACGGCUUGCGGUGGGGAAACCCGGAUGCGUUGUUGUAUGACAAUCGGGAAUAUCGAACCAAAACCGCGGUCACCGCUCUCUACAAAGGUACUACCCGAAAUGGGUCGUCUGUCAUGCUCCGUUCAUACGAUUCUCGCAAAGAGCCCCCACCCGAGUUCAAUUGUACAAUCUGGCAGGCCGGUCGGGCCACCUCGGCCACCGGAAUGGCUUUCAAGCCGAUCCAGAUCGGCCAACACGUGUUCAUUGAUGAAGGGGCCGGCACCUAUAAUCCGGCGCCACAGGUAUUGGACGAAGCGACGGUGAACGAGUGGCCGGGCCGUGAAGUAGGUGUGUUCGUCAGCGUCGGCACCGGCAAGCGACCGCCCGGCACGAACAACCGCCAACACGAGUGGUGGGAGGAUUUCUUCGGGGAUGCGCUGGGCUCGUUCGCGGAGGCACGUCGGCGACUGAUCGCCAAAAUCGAGGGCUGUGAAGACAUUCAUGUGGCCAUGCUGCGCGACCAUCUUUCGAAGCGCAACGUGAGCCAGGACAACUAUUACCGAUUGAAUGUUGAGGUCGGGGUAGGCGAGUUCGGCAUGAACGAGUGGAAUCGCCUGGCGGACAUCAGCACUAAUACAAGGCGCUAUCUGACUCGACCAGAAGUAAAGCGACUGAUCCUCGAUGCAGGGGUCAAAUUUGCCAAAAUCAACCGACAGCAUCGACGACUGGCCGACCAUGCAGCGGCGACUGGAGGGAAUGAGGCAGUCGAGGAGACCAGUUCCAUCCUGGGCAGUCCCGUCCUGUCGGUGCAGCCUCCGUUGCCCCAUCCGAUGGCGGUGGAAUUGCCCGCCGAAUUGCCUGGCGAUCUUGUUUUACGACCGAUGACGGCGACCGAUGAUACACUCCCCGCGCAUCCGACGCCGCACGAUGCAGUUCUAGGGUCCCCAGCGCGUGGCUCAGGCAGUGAUCUGGCCAGUCCAAGUCCCCAUGGAUCUUCGCGGCCUAGUUUUGAGCUGCCGUCGCAUCAUAACGGGGAAGAAAUGCCUCCACCCGUGCCCCCGAAAACCCCCAUUCCUUAUCCUGACCAUCCCAGUGAACUUGGGGGAAUUCCCAUGCCGAUGCCGACAGUGAUGCCUCCGAUGACGACAAAUAGUGGCCACGGAUGUUCCGGGGCGGGCGGGAAGACCCGACCGCCAUAUCCUAUGGAUGAACCCCCCGUGGUGAACAAGCAGCGGAAACCGAGUUAUCAUGUUCGAUGAGGGAGAUGAUUCUAUGAUAUGACCUGCCUAAUACUCUGUGGAAUGGAGAAAGGGGGGGCUGCUGAUGUUAUGGUGUCAGGAUAGCCGAAGAAGUUCCGUCGAAAGCAUAUUGGAGGAAAAGGAGGCCAGAGAGGAGUUUGACUGAGGACUUGACUUGAUGAUAUUGAAUCGAAGGAUACCCUAAUGAGUGAAUGAAUUUCCUAUUAUAUUUCCACAUCUGUCCAGAUCUGUCCAGAUCUGUUGAGAGGUCAUGUUGUACUUGUAAUUAAGGUAUCGAGUAAGUGAAGUAUGUAAUGUACUGUACGUAAAUGACAGACAG